AUGGCCGCCCCAGGGCUGCGCGCUGCUUUGCCUCCUUUGUCUCUUCCUCUCACAGAUAUCCCCCUGCUCCCUGGCUCCCCACGCCGGCUGAGCCCUCGGGCAGUGGCCAGAGGUGGCCAGGGCCCCAAACGUGGCCAGCAAUACCUCAAGGUUCCCGGUUCCCAAGCCCCGGGUCCGCAGGGCAGUUCUGACCAUGACCGAGAUUCUGGCCCGCCCUCCGGUGGAGGGAGCUCCUGUGGCAGCUCGGUCAUCAAUAACUACCUGGAUGCCAACGAGCCAGUGUCCUCGGAGGCCCGUCUGAGCCGCAUGCACUUCCAUGACAACCAGAGGAAGGUCGACUAUGUGCUCGCCUACCAUUACCGGAAACGUGGGGUGCACCCUGGCCAUGGCUCCCCUGGCCCCUCGCUGGCGAUUGUCUCCAAUGGGGAGACGGGCAAGGAACCUCGUGCUGGUGGCCAUGGUGACAUUGAACUGGGGCCACUUGAUGCCCUGGAGGAGGAGAGGAAGGAACAGCGGGAGGAGUUUGAGCACAACCUGAUGGAGGCAGGGCUUGAGCUCGAGAAGGAUGUGGAGGUGAGGCUGGGCAGGUGGUAAAGGGUCGUGGGAUGGGAUGGCCUUGCAGGACUGGGGCCCUGGUGACCAGUGUCACCUGCCGGGAGUGU